AUGUUAAAAAAUACGCCCUCUAAAGAAAUUCUAAAUUAUUAAGAAACCUAAGAGGAAACAGACUCAGGGGGUUACACUCUCAUUUAUGAAUAAGAAUUAGUGAGUUAAAUCUUAGUGGAAGAUGGAGAUUAAUAAUAAAGACAAGAAACUCUUAAUGUGAGAGUAUUAAUUUUCGGAAAUGACUAGAGGCUUGAGAGAAUGAAAAAUGAAUUAAGUUGUGAAAAUGAUCUAUUUUUCCAUUUUAUUCAUGAGUAAACUUAUAGAAUAAAAUUAGCAUAAAUGAAAAACAUUUUAAAAAAUCAAAGAUGAAUAGCAACUAACUGCAUCUUUUAUCGAUUAUCCUGCCAUUUGUAUAAAGUGUCUCGACAAAGCUCAUAAAGACCCCAAUAAAUAUAGAGCUGUGUUAAGAAUUACUCAAGAGGGCAAUGCUGUUAUUGAAAUAAUAUAAAAAACUGAAUACAAAAAUGUCGAAUUAAUUCAAUUCUAAUUUUCUCUUUGCCUGAAGAAGCAAUUCGUAUGACUAUUACAAAGAAAUAUUAAAAAAUCUAACAAAAGCUACAACAGACGGAAAAUAAAUUAAAGGAUGUAAUGAUAUUUUUAGUGAUUAUUUUUUAGAUUAAUAAUGUUGUUAAAGUAAAAAAUCCUCAAUUGCUUUUACAAAUGUAAAGAAUG